CGCCAAGGAGGAUCACUAGGUUAUGUCGGCGUUUUGAGAAAUAUGUUAUUUAAACCUUAGCAUUAAUGAUAUUUAAAUAAUUAUACCUUUUCACACUGAUUAAAUUGUACAUUUUCAAAAAAAUAUACAAAAUAUGGACGGGAUCGAUGAAAAUGAGGUGGUUGAGUGUUUUAAUGAAGCCGCAACUUGCAGGGACAAUGCCGAAAGACUCAAAUUAUUUCUUAAAAUACAGGAAUUCCUUAUUCACAGAUCCCCAAAUUUAUUGCCAAAGUAUCUGCAGAAUGUUUUGAACUUCACGUCAGAUAAAAGUGGUGACAUAAAAAAGGCAUUAGUUGGCUUUAUUGAAGAAGUCUGCAAGUUAAGAGAAUCUCUUAUUCCAAAAAUCAUGCUGUGUCUGCACCUUUUGCUUUGUGAUGAGUCAAUCCCAGUUCAGAAGCGAGUAAUCCAGGCUGCCAUUACAAUAUACAGGAAAACAUUAGCUUGGUUGUGCAAAGCCACCAAUAUUAAUGAAGAAAUGGAAGCAGCAUGGAAGCAGUUAAGUACUAUUAAGCUAGAAAUUGCCAACAUGAUUGAUAGUGACAAUGAUGGAAUAAGGACAAGUUCAGUGAAGUUCUUAGAAUGUGUAAUUCUAUUGCAAACCCAUCCUGAUGAGGUAGAGAAUAAGCGCGAAAACGACUUCUCACUGGAUGAUGUGCCUAUGACUCUCAAAAUUGCCAGAAGGCGAAGGCUAGAAGAGGAGGCAGAUAAUUUGUUUGAUGUUCUGGUUAAGUUCCAUGGGUCCCCACACAUCAGUAGUGCUAAUUUGUUGGCCUGUAUUGGAGUAUUAAGGACAAUUGCUAAAAGCAGAGCUAAUUAUAUGGAAAAAGUGGUGGGUGCUAUUAAUUCAUUGUUUAAUAACUUGCCACCCACUUUAACCACAACUCAACAAAACGCCGUUCGAAAGAAAUUGAAAUCCGAAUUGUGCGGCUUAAUAAAACAUCCAGCAGCCUAUGAAUUCAUUGAUAAAAUAACUCCAAUGCUCCUGGAGCUGGGUUGUACACAAUCUGAAAUCACCAAACUUACUCCAAAACCUGAGGACAUGAAGAAGUAUACCAAAAGGACACUUCCAGCAGAGUCUUACCUGCAUCAGUCUAAGAAACCUAGAUUAGAUACAAAUUUUGAUUAUGAUAAUGACACUAAUGAUUCACCAUCAGUUGAACUCACCCCACUUGAAGCUAAUGAUCAAUUUGUACAAGAUAAUUUAACGUUGGAAAAGACUGUUUAUUUAAUUAUAACUUCAAUACCCAAACUUCCUAGCACAAUGCCCCAAGAAUUCGCCAGAGAGUACAACAAAUUUGUUCAAAGUGGUAGUAUUGGAAAGUCCCAUUUGGCCAGUAUUUUAGCCAAGCAGUUUUUGGAAAACGGCGUUGGACCUGGGGCUCAAAUGAUCAGUAAUGAAAAAGCACCAGAACAACCAGCAAGCAGGAAGCGUGAACGAGAUAUUGACGACCAAGAAAAGGAACCGGAGCCUAAGGUCGCAAAGAAAGAGAAAUUAAAAAUGCCGAAGAUCAAGACCUUAAAACUGAACGAAAUCACAAAACCAUUGGAACAGGGGACGAAGGAAACGAUGCUGGUGUCGAGCGUUAAAAGGAUUUUGUCUAGUGAGAAAAGUGUUAUUCAAAACGCUUACCAAAAAAUUGCCACCCUGUUUGCCACCACCUUCGACCCAAUGGUCAGAGAUGCGAUCCUGAGCCAUCUGUUGUCGGACUUGAAGUCGCACAUCGAGUUGGCAAUUGCACUCCUCUAUGAAGAGUACAGCAUCAUGCAGAGAUUCACAAAGAUCCCCCAAGUCCGCAAAGGGUCCAGGCCAGACCAGGGUUACAACAAGCUCUUCUCCAUUUUCAUUAAUUCAUCCUCCCAUGACCCCGUCAUCAUCAACAAGCUCCUCAUGGAGUCACCCAUGGUCACCGACGAAGCCAUGCACCAAAUUAAGGACAUGUGCACGGACGAAACACGCAGCAGAUGGGUGUUCAAUCUCCUAAGAGACCUCACCCUCAGAAAACCACCCAAACAACUGACCUACCUCAACACGCUGCUCUCGUAUACAACAUACGAGUCCAACACGAUAAGAGAUAACGCCAUAAGUCGCGUUUUGGAGUUACACAAGCGACCCAAACUGAGCUUAAUCAUCGAGGAGUUCGCCCGAAUGAACAUGGAGUUUUUGAAGCUUCCCAGCCCUCCCGACUCGUUAAGUGGCCCGGACCAAGGCAGGUUGAAGGGUGAAACUUGGAGCGACGACUACAUCAAGGCAUGUCUCUUGCCUUACAUAUCAUUACUUCCCGGCAACAGCAGCCUAAUCCACGACCUUUCCAAAGUUUACGUGGCAACCAACCCGGACAUCAAAAGAGUAAUUCUGCGACUAAUAGAGGCUCCGGUGCGCACCAUGGGGAUGGACAACCCCGAAUUACUCAAGUUGGUUGAAGACUGCAACAAGGGUUCCGAAACGUUGGUCACUCGAGUCAUCCAUGUCCUUACCGAUAAGGGACUGCCGUCUCCACAGUUAGUGCAGAGAGUUAGGGAGUUGUAUAACACGAGAGUCAACGAUGUUCGGUUUCUUAUACCGGUCCUCAAUGGGCUGACUAAGAAAGAAGUGAUUGCAGCCUUACCCAAACUGAUUAAACUCAACCCCGUGGUCGUACGAGAAGUGUUCAAUCGAUUGUUGGGUCUCCACGGCGAGAGCCCCAUAAGCCCGACUGACCUUUUGGUGGCCUUACAUGUCAUUGAUACUAACAAGGCGGAACUGAAGACGGUCAUUAAGGCCACCUCAAUGUGCCUUCAAGAAAAACAGGUGUAUACUCAGGAAGUUAUGGCUGUGGUUUUGCAACAGUUAAUGGAACAGACCCCCAUACCAACGUUGUUGAUGAGGACCGUAAUCCAGUCUCUAGGAAGUUACCCUCGGUUGUCAGGGUUCGUCAUGAACAUCCUUCAACGCCUAAUUCUCAAACAGGUAUGGAAGAACAAAGUGGUGUGGGAAGGCUUCGUGAAGUGUUGCCAAAGAACGGUGCCUCAAAGUUUCGCCGUACUGAUGCAGCUGCCGCCCUUGCAGUUGAAUGAAGCACUGGCGAUGUGUCCGCAGCUGAAGGAGCCUCUGCGUGACCACCUCCUAACCUUCACCGAUGGUCAAAGAGCCCACAUUCCCAUAACUAUCCAAGAGAUAGUGUUAGGACAAUACAGACCUCAGCCCGUGCCACCUCCAAAACCGAUGGAAAUAUCAGCUAACGAUUUUCCUAUUCCUGCGAAGUCCCCACCGCCAAUCAUGGUGGCUCCUACGGAGCCUCUACCACCUGGGAUGGAAUAGCGUCCACUUCGUCCAAAACUCCAAAAUAUAUUGUUAUUUGUUUUGUAUCUUUUUAUUUGUAAAUGAAAUUAUUAUAUUUUAUAUAAUAAAUUCAGGAUUGAAACCUCAA